AUAACUAUCAUAUUUAAAUCCUAUCCCGAUUGCACCGACCAGAAGGUUUACCAGGCUGUGACUGAUGACCUGCCAGCAGCUUUUGUUGAUGGCACAACUAGUGGAGGAGAUGGAGACUCUAAAACCUUGCGGAUUAUAGAGAAAGUCAGCGGAAAGCAUGUGGAGAUGCAUGCCAGGUACAUCGGAACAACUGUCAUUGUACGGCAACAUGGAAACUACCUAACUUUGGCCAUUCGCAUGCCGGAGGAAUUGGCAAUGGCUUACGAGGAGAGCCAAGACUUACAGCUGUGCAUGAACGGCUGUCCAUCAAGUGAACGCAUUGAUGAAGGUGGACACCUGCGUUUUCCAGCAACUGUUAAUACUCCACCCAGCUCAUCACCUAGUCAGGCUCGAUCGGCAUACACACUGGAAAGUGCAGUUGACAAAUGUCUUGAAAAGUUCCAGGUCCGACACAUCUACUUCCACUCUUGUGUCUUUGACCUGUUGACAACAGGCGAUGCAAACUUUACUGCUGCAGCUUACAGUGCUUGGGAGGACGUGGAAGGUCUGCACCCCAGGAAGGAGCUCUGGCAAAUCUUCCCAAACAGUGGAAGUGGAAACAGUUGUGAGGCACAAGCUUUGCCAGCUGUUGUUCUUGGUCUUGUAUGCUUGGUCCUUGUUGCUUUUUUGUAG